AGGGCUAUGUGACAUUGGAAGCCUGAAUCAUUAGAUAUAAUUACUUACAUAUAUUAUCUUCAUUACCACAGCGCAUGGGAUGUAGGUAUUUCCCGCUAGUACAUGCCAGGCUGCUUCACAACCACGUGUCUUUAGCUUUUCACGUGACCUUGUGACAUCACAAGCUCCUUGCGCCGCACGGAGUUUACAGCCGGCAGUGAGUCAGUGAAUGAGAUGCUGCAGUGUUCUGUCCUGUACCGCGGAGUCUUCAGACAUAUUUAUGCCGACGAUACUCUGGAAGAUGGAUGAACCUGAAAGUGUGUUCAUUGCCGUUUAGAAAAGGUACUUGCCAUCCUUUGUCAAAGAGAUUAACCGCUUCAUUAGCAAGAAUGGGAAACUUCUUCUCAAACUCCACAGAUUUGCCACAAUUGGAAGCUCUAAAAAUGGUAGAGGACACUAUCUCUCAAAAUUGUGUAGUAAUUUAUUCAAAGGCCACAUGUCCAUAUUGCAAAAUGGCCAAAGAUGCGUUUAACAGCAUAAACGUGAGCUAUAAAAGCAUUGAGCUGGAUGAAAUAGAUGAAGGACGGCAGCUUCAAGAAGCACUUCACCAACUGACCGGGGCUAGAACAGUGCCAAGAGUGUUUGUAAAUGGAGCUUGUAUUGGAGGUGGCACUGAAACCCGUAAAUUAAACCAAGAAGGAAAAUUACUUCAACUAGUUCAACAGUGUAACAUCACAGUCAAUGGGAGCUGACGGCAACCUUCCUGGACCUUGAAUCGUUGAACAGAAUUCUUUGGCACGCGUGUUUCAUUUAUUCUUUUGAUUUUAGUCCAGACCUAUUGGUCACUAGUAUAUAGAAUGUUCUUCAACCUAUGGAAUGGUAUAAUUGUCAUUUACAGAUGUCGUUUGUUCCAGGAACCAUUUUGAGUUCGAUGGGCAGAAUUUAGCAAAUAAUGGCCAACGCAUGUUCCAGAGCAUUAAUAUUUAACUACAUUAUUCAGCUACUUUUUGGGAGACCGUGUCAGAUCCAAGGACUUUUUCAGAUGAGUGAUGUCCGACGAGCAAUCCGUCUUUUGGUUGCUAAAAAUGAACAAUUUUAAAUGGACUGCUCACGGAUCCUUGUGCUGUCCUUCUUUUUUUCUUGCAGAAUUAUUCACUUGAUUGGGCAAAUCUUGUUUAAAACAUUGAACAUUAAUUCUCUGAAUAAGCCCUUGAAGUUGUGCAUUUAUUUGCAGACCAACUAGGUUUAAUCUCUAGUUGUGAGAUCACACUAGCCUUGUGAGAUCCGGCAUUGCCAGAAACCACAGCGUCCCUAUCUGGCUCCAUUAAACUAUAAUGGGGAAUGGCGAUUCUCGGCAUAUGGUUUAGUGGGGCUGGAAGGGAAUGCUGUGGCUAGUGGCAAUGCUGGAUCUGACAACGCUAGUGUGAAACUAGCCUAACCCGAAAUGAGUUUCUGCAAAGACAGUACAGUUUUUGUGCCAUAAACAUUAAUAUGCAGUUUACAGCCCCCUGAGAAAGGACACAUCUCCUGGGCUGCCAGUUGUAGAGACAUGAAUGGGGGAGAUUUCUGUGUACAGGGCUGGUUCUAGCUUUGUUAGUAAGAGAUAGUCAUGUGCUUUAUGUCUGAUUCUCUUUUUUUACAUCAAUCAAGACUUAAAGGGCUUCUGUCACUCCACUAAAGUGAUAUUUUUUUUUUGAGCUAGUGAAAUUAGUUAUAU